UCGUUCAUUCACUUCAUUUGUCACUUGAGAACUCUGAACCAAAGGAACCCUAGCCUUCCAUCAGUCUAUCGUCGCCGCCGUUCCCAGCUCCUAAGCGCCGCCGCCGUCCCCAGCUCCUCAGCACCGCCGCUUCUUCCUCUUCCCCGUGUCCGGAACCCAGUAACUCGGCAGGUCCUCUUCAUCUUAGCUGGCUUCUCGACACGGAACCCAGACCAGUAAACCAGUGAACUAGUGAUUAGAACGGUUUGAUGACCGGUCCGGUUUUCAGAACCUUGCACUGCACACACCCACUCUCGAGCCUCCCCUCCCUCCAUUCUCACCUCUCGCUCUCACGGUCUCACCACGUUCAGUAUCCCCCACGAGCUUCCGGCGCAACCUCCGUCUAGCCACCGUCGCUGUCGCAAGGUCCGUGGAAGUCACUCACCUGCACAGACCCGUGGUGCUAGCUUUCUGUUCGCACAACAAGCUUUCCUUUCAGCCGUCAAAAUCGCAGCCACCGCCAGCGCCAGUUGCCGUCGCGAGUGUCUUCCUGCCGGCGCCAGCUCUGUUCGACCCUUCUACCCCAGUCACUGUUCCUGUCGCCGCCAGCUCUGCAUUCUUCUCUGUCUUCCACUAACCCUAGAGAGAGAAGAAGGUUGAUUGGUCGAUGGAGGUGGAGCAACCUAAGCCAAAGCCAACGCCGAAGCGGUUUGUGAAGAACCAAAUCCCCGAUUACAUCCUCAACGACGCAGCCCUCAACGCCGCCAUCUCCGUUCUCCCUCACAACUACAACUUCGAGGUCCACAAAUGCGUUUGGCGUGUUCUUUCCACCGGCGCCAAGCGCGUUGCCCUUCAGUUCCCCGAGGGCCUCCUCAUGUACUCCCUCCCUCUCUCCGACAUCCUCACUGCCUUCGCCGCCGUCGACCGCUGCUACGUUCUCGGUGAUGUCACCUACGGCGCUUGUUGUGUCGACGACUUCUCCGCCGCUGCGCUCUCCGCCGACCUCCUCAUCCACUAUGGCCACAGCUGCCUUGUCCCCAUCGAUUCCACCACCAUCCCCUGUCUCUACGUCUUCGUCGACAUCAAAAUCGACGUUUCCCAUUUGGUUGAUACCUUUAAAUUGAACCUCGAAUCUCGCGCCCAGAACCUUGUAUUAGCUGGUACUAUUCAGUUUGCAUCUGCAAUUAGGGCUGCGAAGCCGGAAUUGGAGAAAUCAGGGUUUAGUGUUUUGGUACCACAGUCCAAGCCUCUUUCGGCCGGUGAGGUUCUUGGCUGCACUGCUCCCAAGGUUUCAUUAAUGGAUUCGUUUAGUGAGAAUCCUGAGAAUAGCGUUUUGGUAUUUGUAGCUGAUGGAAGGUUUCAUCUUGAGGCGAUCAUGAUAGCUAAUCCUGGGAUUAAAGCUUUUAGGUAUGACCCUUACAUUGGAAAGUUGUUUCUGGAAGAGUAUGAUCACGUGGGAAUGAAGGAAUCUAGGAAAGGUGCGAUUUUGAGAGCGAGGGAGGAAGCUCGGAAUUGGGGUGUUGUUUUGGGGACAUUGGGUAGGCAAGGGAAUCCUAAGAUUCUGGAGAGAUUGGAAAAGAAUAUGAAGGAAAAAGGGUUCUUUUAUACUGUUUUCUUGAUGUCUGAGAUUAGCCCUGCAAGGAUUGCAUUGUUUGAGGACUCCGUGGAUGCUUGGAUUCAGAUUGCUUGUCCUCGGUUAUCGAUUGAUUGGGGUGAUGCUUUUGGGAAACCAGUGCUCAAUCCCUUCGAGGCAGAGAUCGCGUUGGGGGUGAUACCUGGCUGGUGGGAGAAGAAGAAAAAUGUGUUGGUGGCAAAGGUGCAGGAAGGUUGUGAAGAUGGUGGUGUAAGUUGCCAGAAGAGUGGUGAUUCUUCUUGUGAGUGUAGCUGUGGAGAAGAUGAAAAUGGAAAUGGAAAGAGCGAUUUUGGUGGUGAAUAUCCAAUGGACUAUUAUUCUCAAGAUGGUGGGGAGUGGAAUUCCUCUUAUGUGAAGAAGUCCUCUCGUCCUGUAAGGAGAAUUUCUGUAUCUUCGGUUGCUAUUAGUGCCAUUUCUCAGCAGUCUUAAACUUUCUAUAGGUUAUAGAUUUCGAUAUUUUGUUAGUUGCUGGAUAUUGGCUUUUGCCUCUAAACAACAUUGGAUGUUUAGGGAGAAAACAUAGUAUGAUGUGAUACAAUAGAACACAUCAUCUCAUGAUGUGCAAUUUGUUGUUUUACUAGUGUUAAACGGUGCGAUGCACAAUUUUAUAUUUAAA